UCUCGCUCUUCCACCAGCCUGCCGGCGAAAUUGUCUGCCUCAAGGUUGUGGGCAUGUAUGAUGGAUGGUCUAGGAUGCCUUUGUUACUCCCGAAGACGAGAGUACUGCGACGAGUGGCUGGGGUGAACCAUGCGCUCACGCCGAAAUUUGUUUGCGGAAUCGCCUCUCGCGCGCCACCGAUCCCACGCCGCAGCAAUCUCUCCAACUACUCGCAACUCGUAUCGCGAAGGCACUUCAGUGUGGGCUCGAGGUGUCUCGAUCAGGAUCUCCUGAACUCGUCGACUGAGGUUCUCAACCUCCGUCUUAAGCUUGAGUUCGAUGAGCACAAGGACAUACGAACUUAUUUGCGAAAAUGGCAGCGGUCUCAAUCCAACGACAUGGAUCCUGUCCGAGGACCCGGAACCUCAAAUCUCUUGGAUGCGUCGGCGCCUUGGGUGGGGAACAUGUUGAACGACAACCGUGAGGCUCACGAUGCCGGAAGUGAUGCUCUACGAGCGGCAGAUGAUGCCUUCGAUUUCACGAACGCCGCCGAUGAAGGAGAGGGUCUUCAUCAGUACUUGGAGCCCGGAGAUCUCGUUGCAAUGACUGGCGUCGACGGUGUUCUGACAUUUGCGAUAUACAUACGGUCCAUCCAUAAACAGCAACAGUUUUAUACGGACCGAGGGAAAUGGCGGGUAGCAUUUGCAAAAGAUCUCGACUAUGUCGUCAAGCGGUUUGUGCCUCCCGAGAUGGUCGCGCCUCUGCACCCACACGUCCCCGGCGUAGCCGCCCAGAUGAAGAGAGAAUUCCAGUCGGUUAUCGAAGGUGGAGUACCGAGGAACGUCGGGGCUGAUCUUCUCAAGAAGAUAUACAGCUUCGAUCGGGAUGUGCGAGAGCUCUACCGCGCCAAUGCAGCCCGACUCGACAGUAUCCAUGAUAUAGUGGCCGACGACGAGAAUUACCGGGAAUACACGUUGGAGGAGCUUACCUGCAAGACACUUGAUAUCCCAAGGGAUCAGCUGAAUGAUGUGUUUUUGUUCCUUGUGCAUCGUGUCGCCCAUGCCCACUCUUUCUUUGUCGAGAAUGACCGGAGUUCGCUUUUUACCAAUAGUUACCUCGUCAAACCGAGACGGAUCGCCAUGGUCCUUCAAAAGGUCACUACCUGGGCUCACCAACACCAAGACUAUCUUUACCGGAAUGUUCAUGGCAAAGGGGUCGCCAACUUCAAAGACCAUCCUUUGCAGAAAUUCAUCCAAAAGGCUCAGCGACUCAUAAAGCUCAGCCGAAGCGUUCGUGCACCGACGACGAUGGCUUACGUCGGCCCAAGUGCUCAGCGAUUUGCCCCGGAUCAGGAUGGCAAGCACGCGGCCUAUCGUGAAAUCUUUACGGAAAAGUUCACCGAUACCGAUCGUAUCAUCAUCGAGUACCUUCAGCUAUGGUGCCUUCCACCACGCAGAAUGACAUCCGGGACCAUGCGCUCGGCCGGUUCGCAUAUCAUGCGUAGCACAGGCAUGUAUGGUGCUGUGGAAUUAAAUCCAUUGACGGCAACUCUGUUUCUUCAAGAACUAGGUGUUUUCUACCCCUGGGAGAACCUGCGCCUGCUCGAUCAAGGUCUAGCCCUCCCGGGCCACGGCAUCUCGCCCAGCUCGGAUGCCUCGUGGGUGGAAGUUCAACGUGAGUGCGAGAAACUUGACUCCGGGAAGCUUCUCGACAAGAUGCAGAACGUGCGGACUGACUGGGGCGAUCUACCGGUCUACUGUGUGGACGAUGUGACCGCCGAGGAAAUCGACGACGGUGUCUCGCUCGAACGCAUACCAGGAUCGAAGGAUACCUUCUGGAUCCAUGUGCAUGUCGCCAACCCUACGGCAUUCCUUGAUUCUGAUGGCACGAUCAUGAAAUAUGCUGCUUCGCGCCUCCAGACGAUGUACGCCCCCGAGCGUACAUACCCCAUGCUGCCCAGCCGUUUCACACAAGAACACUUCAGCUUGGCUUCCGGUCGUCCAACACUAACCUUCAGCGCCAAGAUGAAUAUGCAAGGCGAGAUUCUGGAUACCAAGAUCGCGAACGGAAUCGUUAGGAAUGUGAUUUACAUAACGCACGACAAGCUGCGCAGCCUUUUCGAGCCCAAAACCGGAACGGCGUUGGAACCUUUGAAGGUGGGAGGACAACUGCCGAAGAGGAACUUGCGUGAAUGCUUGCAAGAGGAGCUGGCUUCCGAGGACGAAGACAACUUCCAUACACUGAGACAGUUGAUGUUGGCAUUCCGGGAGCACCGACGCCGAAACGGCGCCAUGGAAUGGCCCUUACCGAUCGAUAUCUCCGUCUCCAUGGCGGUCGGGACGAAGCCUCUGGCACCCACUAACAUGAAAGUGCCAGAUGGACGUUACGUGAUUGGAGAUCCUGUUAUCCAGCUGGCCCAACAACAGGCCGAUCCUCAUGAGGUCCCUGAUAUCACGAAGCGCAACCUCAUCUCGACCCUAAUGAACCUGGCGUGUUGGGUCUCUGCAAAGUGGAUGGCCGAGCGCAACAUCCCCACCAUAUAUGACGGAACGUACUACCACCCGGAAUACCCACGGGUGACCAACGAGAACUUGUCGGAAUACGGAGGGCAGUCGUGGCUGCACUUGGCAGCCCCUAAGGGGAUCUCUUCGUCUAGCCCGCUUCACCAUGCCCCCCUUGGACUCGAUGCCUAUGUCAAAUCAACCAGUCCCUUACGGCGAUACACAGACGUCCUCGCGCACUACCAAAUCGAGGCUGCGCUUCGCUUCGAGCACGAGCAUGGCCGCCGCCUGGACGCUCAGACCGAUGCGCUCGCUCUACCCUUCUCCCGGGAACAAGUGGACGAGUAUCUUUCGCGGUCUCAGUGGAAGCGCAACCGCAUACGGGACUGUGACGUGGCGUCGAAGCAGUUCUGGGCCUGUAUGCUCCUGUUCCGCGCCUUUUACUUCUCCGAGUGCGCCCUCCCGGAGACAUUCGAGUGCCUGAUCCAGCGCCCGUGCAGCAGUACCUCCAUGGCUGGAACCCCGUACGGGCAUGGAUAUACGGCGGUUAUGACAUCCCUGGGAGUCCGCUGCCAAGUUCUGAUCCCCGAGGAGAUGUCCGACGCCCCCGAUCUGGACAUCCUGAGUGUUGUGGAAGCUAAGAUUACGGCGGUUGAUAUGGCACGCUCGAUUGUUGUCUUGGAAGCGACCCGGGUGAUCAAGCCCUUUCAGCGGGUGGGCGAAUGGAAGUGAUCGGACCCGUGCCAUUCUUCUACCUCUGCGUCGUGCUCCGCGCCUGCGAAUCGUCGAUUCGGGCACGUCUCCGGGGAGAGAGCAGACCGGUUCGGAUAUAACUUGGUUAUCUUUCUACCCAAAUCAUCCAGUCUAGGAAACGCAAAUCCGUAGAUAGAUAAUUAGCAUGGGAGCCUUAGGGCAUGUAUUG